AUGGUCCCAAGAGUGCCAAGUGGCCUUCGAGGCCGUCAAGGCGAGCCUCACCAUGGCCCCAGCCAGUUCUGGCUCUGCCAAACUUUUGCAGCUUUCUUCGUGGUCUGCGACGCAUCCAUUCGCGCCAUCGGUUGCUGCCUGAUGCAGCGCGAUGAUUCGGGCCGGGAUCGCCCGGUAUCGUUCCAAUCCCGCCAGCUCCACAAGUCCGAGAAGAACUAUCCCGUUCAUGACUUGGAGCUUCUGGCGAUGUACUAUGCCCUCAAGAAGUUUCGUGUCUACCUCCUGGGUUCGGAAGAAUUCGUGGUCUUCACUGACCAUGCAUCGCUACGCACGGCUGUCCACUCACCGCAUCUAUCCCAGCGCAUGCAGCGCUGGCUCUCCUUCUUUUCGGAAUUCAACAUGAAGGUUGAAUACAAGCCUGGCCGCGACAACGUUGUCGCGGAUGCUUUGUCCCGACUCCCCCCCGUCGGCAGACAACAUGGAGCUCUCCUCCAUCUCCACGCGAUAGUCCGCGACGGUCUGUUGCUGUAUUCCACCAAUACGACCGAUUGCUCUCGGAUCGCAGUACCAUGCGACUAUUCUCUACGGCAGGACAUCCUGCACGAGCUCCACGAUGCCCCAAGCGGGGGCCACUUCGGCCGCGAUCGAACGUACACUACCGUCGCUCGCCUCUUUUGGUGGCCGCGUUUGCAUAAACACGUUGCUCGCUACGUCGCCUCCUGUGACGUUUGUCAAUCAAUCAAGGCCGUCGCGUCCACUCAAGCUCCACUCCAGAGCUUGGAAGUUCCCAGCGAACCCUGGGAGUCUAUCAGUAUGGACUUCAUGGCCUUCGCCGCGACCGACGCGGCAACACUGGCAUUUGGGUAUGCGUUGACCGGGGGUCGAAAUACCUUGUGGCAGUCGCCGUCUGGGCAAGCAUCACAGCUGAGCGCUUUUUUGUUUGCCCGAGUUGCCACUCGCCUCAACAUGUCCUCGGCCGACCUCCCCGAGACUGACGGCCAGACCGAAUGCGCUAACCGCGUUGUCGAAGAUGUACUCCGCAGUUAUGCUGCGUCGAAACCUCGCACAUGGAGUUCCCUACUCCACCAAGUGGAAUUUCCUUACAAUUCCUCGGUCCACGCCUCCACGGGUUUUUCCCCGUUUUACGCAAGCCGUCUGCGUCACCCCCGUCUUCCGACUGACACCGGUGUGUCUACUUUGAGUGUGGGGGGAAUCUCCCCUGGCCCACGCACGACAGCGUCGAUCCAAGAAUUUCUGCGCCUCUGA